AUGAAGCUGGUUAUUGAACAGGCAGGAUCCUUAUUCACCGGUUGGAUUGCCUCCUGCCUGUCCUGCUUGCGCUCUGAAGACAAUGAGCAGAGCUUGUCUCGUCGACAGGCGAUGAAGUCGCAGGGUGUCGAACGGGAGAUGAGGGUUUCUCAUACCCAACCUCAUCUCAUAACCCCAAUGAAGCUGGUGGUUUACGAUGACCUUCCAAGUCCAGGUCCGCCACCGCGGACAUCAUCCCUGCCAUCCUGGAUCGCGGAAGGACGAGACAUCGCAUCGCGGGCCUCGAACCGGGCCAGCAUGUCGCUGAAGCGGCAGUCAACCACCCCGUUGAGAAUCAGUGCGCCAACAGACUUCCGACGGGUCGAUACCUCCCAGUCCUUCGCUUCCAGUCCAACGGAGUUCCAGCCGCUGGUGCUGAAGAUCCAUACUCCCGGUCAUCGUCUAUCGACUCUACCUACCUUUGACGAUUUCUCUCCUGUUGGCCAGCAACCUCUGGCACGACCCAGCAGAGCUCUGUUCUCUCCCACGGACAACCCCCGUCUCUCUCGCACUCGCUCGCACCACCCUACCUCAUCCGUCCAGUUGACACGAAAACCCGUAGGCUCUGGAUCGCGUCGAUCCUCGCUAGCCACCCUGGAGCAGCUACUGGACAAGCAAUCUCCAUCAGUGGCAAGCCCCCUGCUCCCCCAUUUCUCAACUCGCUCCUCAACCGGCACCGGCAUCAACAUCAGCGUCAGCGUCAGCGACACUUUCACUCCCCCUCAACACAAAAGGCACGCCUCAAUUCCGAGCUACAGCAGACCCCCGCCGCCACCACCAGUCGCAGAAGACGAAAGGCAACAAAGCGUCCCCAAAACCCCACCCAAGACUCCCCUGCAGGACAGGCCUCUCCCCUCCCUCCCAAUCCCCAGCAGCCCAUCCACAGACUCAUCCUCUUCCUCCUCCCACCAACACUCUCAUUCCUCCCCCGCAACAACCCCAGAAACGACCCCCUCCCGCACCGGCCGCGUUACCCAAUGGCUCUUCCAAAUAACCCCCUCCUCCCCUCCUCCCAAACACCCCAAAAGAAGCGACAAGACCACCUUUCGCACACGCACCCGCGCCCGCGAAAGCUCAAACACAACCAGAACCAGCCUCAGCGGCUCCACCGCCGUCUCCUCACCACCCACCCCUUUCUCCUUCGAGAAACACCCCGAGCACCUCCCCCCAAGCACAGCCCGCGACGCACCGUCCCACCCAACCAUCCACGAGAACGCGCCGCAGUUCCGCUUCGACGAGCUGUCCUACCAACACCAGCACCAGCAUCAGCAUCACCGCCGGUCAGCCAUCGGCGUUGCAUUCUGA